AUGGAUGGAUCCAUCUCCUCCAACUUGGUCUAUUUCUGGCCACAAGUGAAGGCUCUAGACUAGAGGUUAGUAGAACUGUGCAGUAGUUCUCAGUAUCCAUUCAAAGAUUUGGCCUGGAAGAUAGAUAUUGUCCUUAAAAGGGGAAAAAAAAUAAAUAUGUAAGAAAGAUAUGGGGAUUGAUUACAUUAUUAUUAAAUAACUGAUAGAUUCCAUGUGCCUAAUUAUGCUAAUAUGACACAGCAGCAACCAACCUCUCUUCCUGCCCUGGCCCUGCUCACUGAUGCAGAGUGCAGACACAUGGUUGGAUAAUUUGAGCAGUAAAUGAAAACAACGAGUAACUUACUCUUGUUUAGAUGAUUUUGAACCAUGUCGGAAUGGAUAAACGAGAAUAAAGUUACUGUUUCGAUUUAUGAUGCAAGGAAAGGAGGAGGGGGACUGAGGGAGUGAUUAUUUAGGGCUCGUUUGUUUGUUGGAUUUUGAGUUUUGAAAACAUUUUGAUUUAUAAUAGAAUUAUGGAUUUGGAAGAGUUCAUUGAUUGUUAGUUGAUUUUUUUAUACGAAGAGUCGUUCUAAAAUUAAUUGAACAUCGUGAAAGAUAAGGAUGGUUGAAUUGCAGAAGAGUCAUUCUAAAAAUCAAGUCUGCAUAGCAGAGAAAUCUGCACCCCCUUAGCUAUAAUGUCAUUUCUAGUUCCGGCUAACCAAGACAAUGAAAGCGCGCGCGCAGUAAGCGGGCAUAUUAUUUAUUCCUAGAAGCCGAUCUCCCUCCACAUGCGAUUCGAACCGGACCAACCAGCAACCAAAACUGUAUGCAUUAUAUGAACAUACAGCAAACGACACCACUACAGUUUUAAGGAUAAAAUCGUAGUUACAAAUAUUCAAAUGGCACCAUAUCAGAUAUUACAAAUACCAGUAAUUUACACGCAUUUACGUGGCAGUAUAAUGAGGUGUUCUGGUGUCCGUUCAUGUAAAGUGAGAGUAUUUAUCUUUUAAUGUAAGAAGAGUGGGGUUGUGGGCACGUGAAAACGACAUCAUCCGACCAGUUCUUCGUACCAUCUGCUGGAAUUCUUUUUGGCUUGCCUACGCCUUCUUCCUGUUCGUUUCACUUAUCUACUGUUUGGUAGUAUUUUGUGCUACUCACCUCUUUGACUCUUUCUGUUUUUUCAAGUCCUAACUAAUUACUCGUACGAGCGUUUCAUUAGCAGACACCAUCACAUGAAUUCACCAGACAAGACUCAUAUAUCGAUAAUCGCAGUUCGACGUGUUCUGUUUGUCUUAUCCUUUCGCCCAUAUGGUCCGGUGGGGGUAUAAACGGAAGCAGUCGUUGACCAUUUAUCUGUUGGAUGCCAUCCGCUGCGGGUUAACUUCCACCGAGGUUGAAUAGAACAUAACUGAACGAUCGGUAACUAACGAUGAAACAUAAAUUUAGAUUGAACGACCAGUAACACGAAAUAAAUUUAGUGACAAACUAUGAAAUAAUUGGAUAAUCGAAUGGCCAAACCGAGUUAUUUAUAACUAGAUAAUUAUAUUGUUCCAUUUCUGAAAUGUUAAUGACGUUUUUGUUGUCGCCAUAUAACGACAACAUUACCCCCCUGAUUUCUCCUCUCAUUUAAUCAUUUCUUAAUUGUUUUUUAUUCUUCAGUGGGAGAUUAUUGGGAAGCUCAUCAGACAUCCAUGUCUGAUUUACCCAGCUAAGCUCCCUUUUUUUCUGGCUACUCAAAAUUUCCCACUCCCAAAAACCUUCCCGGUCGUCUAAAUUUCUUUGUUUGCUCCGCCGUCGGCUACAAAUCGUUAAGAAACAUGCCUCCGCCUACCACCAAGCCCCACAGCUCCACCACUUCAUUCUUCUCCGCCAUCAAGCCGCCGCCGUCCACUCCGCCGCCGCCUCUCUACACUCUCCUCUUCCUCCUCCUCCUAGUCAUCCUCGGCUUCUACUUCCUCCACCACCACCACAGCCCAACAACAACCGCCGCCGCCGCCGCCGACUUCCUCACACCACCCCAACAAACAUCCCUCCGCUUCCGCGAACAAUUCCUCUCCCUCUCCACCAACGCCACCGUCUCCUCCUACCUCCGCCACCUCACCCUCCGCCCCCACCUCGCCGGCACCCCCGCCUCCGCCGACACGGCGGAAUUCGUCCACUCCCACUUCCGCCGCCUCAAUUUGGACCCGCACAGAGCCGCGUACAGAGUCCUCCUCUCUUACCCAAUCCGCUCCUCCCUCACCGCCCGAUUCCCCAACGGCACCGCCGUCGCCCUCUCCCUCACGGAGGAAGGAGCGAAAAAAACAGGGGAAACAGAGGAGGGGCAAAACGGCGCCGUCGUGAGGCCGUACCACGCGUACUCCCCGUCGGGCGCGGCGCACGCGGAGGUGGUGUACGUCAACACCGGAAGCGAGGAGGACUACCGCCAGCUGGCGGCGCUCGGGGUGCGCGUGAAGGGGCGCGUGGUGCUGGCGAGGAAGGGCGGCGAGCUGAGCAGAGGCGGCGUGGUUCGGGUUGCCGAGAGGGAAGGAGCGGCGGCGGUGCUUUUAUUCGUCGGCGGCGGCGGCGGUGGCGGAGGGGUGGAGAGAGGAACGGUGAUGAACGGAAUGGGGGACCCGCUCACCCCCGGGUGGGCAGCGGCGGAGGAAGGCGGCGGCGGAGAGAGGUUGGGUUUAGAGGAAGCGGAAGCGUCCGGGAGGUUUCCGAGGAUCCCAUCGCUGCCGCUAUCGUUUGAGGACGCUGACGUCAUAUUGCGGUCGCUGGGCGGCCAAACGGCGCCGCCCGGGUGGGUUGGACCCGGGAUUCUCGCUCAGCGGGUCGGUCCUGGUCCAACUGUGGUCAACUUGACGUAUCAGGGGGAGAAGAAGGAGGUGACGAUUCAGAAUGUCUUUGCUGUGAUCAAAGGCUUGGAAGAGCCCGAUCGUUACGUGAUCAUGGGGAACCACAGGGACGCGUGGACUUACGGAGCUGUGGAUCCGAACAGUGGCACUGCGGCGUUGCUCGACAUUGCUCGUAGGUACGCUCUUCUGCAGCGAAAUGGAUGGAGGCCUCGACGGACCAUUGUCCUGUCCAGCUGGGACGGGGAAGAGUUCGGUAUGGUAGGAUCUACGGAGUGGGUCGAACAAAAUCUUGUUAACUUGGGUGCCAAGGCAGUGGCCUAUCUUAAUGUGGAUUGUGCUGUUCAAGGUCCUGGGUUCAAUGCCGCUGCCACUCCUCAACUCGACGAACUUCUUUUCGAGGUUACAAAGAAGGUUAAGGAUCCUGAUUUCGUUGGGGCUACGAUAUAUGACAAAUGGGCAGCCAUGAAUCAAGCUACCAGUAUCGAGAGACUCAGUGGGGCAUUCUCCGAUUUUGCUCCGUUCCUGCAACAUGGAGGGAUUCCUUCCAUUGAUUUGUUCUACGGAAGAGAAUAUCCAGUUUAUCACACUGCAUUUGACUCGUACGAGUGGAUGGUGAAGCAUGCCGACCCACUGUUCCAUCGUCAUGUUACCAUCGCUGAAAUCUGGGGACUUAUUGCACUCCAUUUGGCCGAUGACUCCAUCAUUCCAUUCAACUAUGUCUCCUAUGCACAACAGUUAUUUAAGUACACAGACGAGUUGAGCCACUUACUGGACGGUAGUACCAUUUCUCUUCACCCUCUAGUUUCGGCCAUCGAACAAUUUGCGUCUGCUGCUAUAGAAGCCGAAAAUGAGGUCAAGCAACUUCGAGAAGGAGACGGCAGAGAUGGGUUGACAGCAUUGAAGCAAAGGGCCCUGAACGAUCGGUUGAUGCUCACGGAACGAGGCUUCCUCGAUGCAGAUGGGAUUCAAAGCAGGCAUUGGUUCAAACAUCUUAUUUACGGGCCUCAUGGAGACUACAAGAGCAAACUGGAUUUCUUCCCGGGAAUAGCUGACGCCAUCCAUGAACUCUCGGUAAGCACGACAAUGAGCCGGUCACGGCAGGAAGCUGCUAUCCAGCACGAGGUGUGGCGGGCUGCUAGAGCGAUUCAAAGGGCUGCUUAUGCUCUCAGAGGCCACAUCUUCGUCCCGUGAACAAAACAGGAAUAGACUUUCACUUCGCUCAUCUGUGAAAACUCAGAAGGAACUGUUUCUCCUAACCUUGCAGAUUUUGGGCCAUUUAGAGAUUUGUGUAUAAACCCACAUAUUUUUAGCUGUUUGUAAAUGAAACAGAAGAGAUUUACAUUUUCAGAGUUCUGUGACUGAGAAUGCAAAUGCCAUGUUUUCUUUUUUAUGAUACAUUUGCAAAAAAAAAUCAAAAGAAACAGCGCGCCAGGAAGGGGUCGAACCUUCGACUUUCUGCUUAGGAAACAGACGCUCUAUCCACUGAGCUACAGGCGCUUGAAUAGUAUUAUAAUAUUACACAUAGUUAUUUGAAUAAGCAAAAUGCAAAGAAAGUAAGAGUCCAACU